CAUGCAACCGCUCGUCCUCGAAGACGAAGAGCCAUUGCAUCUUUACUACGAUUCUACGAACCCCCCCUCUCUUUGGGGCCCGGGCGGGGGGCUCCUCUCCCAGGCCGAUCCCGCAGAUAUGCCGACGUCUUCAAGAAAAACUCAUCUACAACCAUGUGACCCAGCACGCGCGGGCCAAUGCAGGGACUGCCCCAAGCUCUGGCAAAUUAUCGGUUUCAUUUAUCAGGACCUCACUUCCGCUCGCAAUACUUGGAACAAAGCAACGGUGACACGGCCUGGCUAGAUGAAAGCCAUAACGUCAUAGCAAGUACCUUGCCUAUAUAUGAGGACGCAACCAAGAGAACCACGUCGCCAUUCGUGCCGCAACUCGUGCUGCGUGUGCUCCGUCUUCCGACAGAGCGUUUCAUUGAGCCUGUGCUGGUGAUGAGGAUCCACGCGGGAGCCCCUGGUGCAAAAUUUACUUGUGCCUCUGUGAGACUCGCCGGGCAGGCUGCAGCCACGGCUACAGUCCUUUCCCAACUCGGUAACGCAAAGAGGAAGCCGUGCUCCAGCUUUAUUCGCACAUACCAUCUCCAUCAGCGUCUAUAGCUUGCAUCGUCAGACCGUGGUCACUUAGGUACUAAACCACGCCGCGUCCUUUGCGCACACUCUUCGGGUUUUGCCCUUUACGCUCCCCAUAACCCUACAGCGCAGCGCAGUGGUGCCAUCCGAUCAUCAGUCAUGACUUCCGAACCACCCACGAAAAAAAAAUGCUUGAGCGCCGACUGUGAGAACGAGGCCGGGUCCUUGCAAUGCCCUACCUGCCUGAAACUCGGCGUCAAGGACAGCUUCUUCUGCUCACAGGAAUGCUUCAAGAAGAACUGGAGUCACCACCGGGGCAUGCACAAGUCACAGACUACCGGACUCUAUAACCCAUUCCCGAGCUUCCCCUUUUCGGGACCCCUGCGACCUGUUUAUCCGCUGUCGGAGCAUCGAACCUUGCCCAAGACGAUCCCCCAUCCCGUCUGGUGGCAAGAUGGCAACCCGAGAUACAGCCGCAAUCUGGCCACCCGCAAUAAGAUCGAGAUCUUAGACGCGGCCGGGCAAGCAGCCAUGCGCAAGAGCUGUCGACUUGCUCGAGAAGUCCUCGACAUUGCCGCUGCCGCCGCAAAGCCUGGGGUCACCACCGAUUACAUCGAUGAGGUGGUCCACAAAGCAUGCAUCGAGAGAAAUUCUUAUCCAUCGCCUUUGAACUACAACCACUUCCCCAAGUCUUGUUGCACCUCGGUAAAUGAAGUCAUUUGUCACGGCAUUCCCGACCAGCGCGUCUUGCUCGACGGUGACAUCCUCAACAUCGACAUAUCCCUUUAUCACGAGGGCUACCACGCCGAUCUCAACGAGACAUACUACAUCGGCGACAAGGCCAGAGCUGAUCCGGAGAACGUGCGUGUAGUGGAGGCAGCCCGGGAAUGCCUUGAAGAGGCGAUCAAGGCGGUAAAGCCCGGUGUCCUCAUACGCGAGUUCGGCAACAUCAUUGAGAAGCACGCCAAGAAGAAGGACUGCAGUGUUAUUCGCACCUACUGCGGUCACGGUAUCAACAAGCUCUUCCAUUGUGCACCCAAUGUGCCUCAUUACGCGAAGAAUAAGGCCGUCGGUGAGUGCAAGCCUGGUAUGACUUUCACGAUCGAGCCCAUGAUCGCUCUUGGCAAGUACCGCGACAUCACUUGGCCGGACAACUGGACCAGCACCACCAUUGACGGCAAGCGGACGGCGCAAUUCGAGCAUACUCUUCUUGUUACGGAAGACGGUGUCGAGAUUUUGACGGCGCGGCAGCCAGACUCUCCCGGCGGCCCUAUAGCAAUCUCUGCGUUAGGUGACGGUGACGGUGGCAAUGGCGUAUCAGCGUAGGCGCAUGGAGUGGCAAAAAACUGCCUUGUUUUAUCGCUUCGUGUACGAAGUAGAGAUAUUGCAUGGGGCCAACCGGAGCCCAUGACGACUAUGGUGGUAGGAUACUUGGGCUCUGCGGGACCAAACAGGCCAUGUACUGGGCUGAGGUGACGAAGCCAUCUGCAUCGAGUCGAGGCGCGGGUAGAUAACAGGUAGCUUGAGCACGAAGGCCAUGAGCCCAAGACUGGUGUGGGUGUGUGUGCGACGUUUGCCAAUGGUGCGGGUGUAUAUUGCCAGGAAUCAUGC